GGCGGGAUUGGGUCGGCGGGGGGCCAGCCUGGAAGCCAGCUUUCUCUAGGCUCCCCCUCUAUGUGAAGCCAAUCCGCCCCGCAGUCAGGCAGCUUGAGCGUUUGUUCUCUGCUUCCCUGCCGAGAUGUGAGGGAUUUUCUCUUGGGAAGAAAUCGGUGGUCGAGUGCUUGCCCAGCUCAAAUGCCACCCAACCCAGAGCAAGGCCUGAGGCCCAGGGAUCCUGGAGGGAGAGCAACGUCACACCUCCGGAGGACAGCCAGGAGGACUCUGGCUUUUGCUGAGCUGUGCAUCUUGCCUCCUUCCUUCCAAAGGCUUCAGACCCAAGCUCCACUCUCCUCCUCGAGUCGUGGUGCGUGCCCCUGGCCAAGCAUCUCACUGUCCCUCGAGCCCCAUCCAGUCCUAGAGCACACCUCCAGGACCUGCCCUCCUGCUCAGAAUGACUCACCAUUAUUUCCAGCUCAAGUGAGAAGAUGUGACGGGGACUGAGCUGCCUAUUUGUGUAUCUGUGCCAUCAGAUCUGCUCUUCGAGGAAGAGUACCUCAGGCUCCUGCUUGGCCAGCCAAGUGGGGCUGUGUCUCCAACUCACAGAGGGCUCUGGGGCUUUCCUGCAGGAGCUCAGACUUAUGCUUCUGUGUUUCCUGGGGCCCUGUUACCAGCACCCUGAGUUCCCUGCAGGAGGCAGCUGGAAGGCAUUAAAGUAAAGCACACUCCUCAGCCCCAAUUAUGACAGUGGCUACCGGAGACCCAGUGGACGAGGCUGCUGCCCUCCCUGGGCACCCACAAGACACCUAUGACCCAGAGGCAGACCAUGAAUGCUGUGAGAGAGUGGUGAUCAACAUCUCAGGCCUGCGGUUCGAAACUCAGCUAAAGACCUUAGCCCAGUUCCCAGAGACCCUCUUAGGGGACCCCAAGAAACGGAUGAGGUACUUCGAUCCCCUCCGAAAUGAGUACUUUUUUGAUCGCAACCGCCCUAGCUUUGAUGCCAUUUUGUACUACUACCAGUCUGGGGGCAGGUUGAGGCGACCUGUAAACGUGCCCUUAGAUAUCUUCUCGGAAGAAAUCCGGUUUUAUGAGCUAGGAGAAGAAGCAAUGGAGAUGUUUCGGGAGGAUGAAGGCUACAUCAAGGAAGAAGAGCGUCCUCUGCCUGAAAAUGAGUUUCAGAGACAGGUGUGGCUUCUCUUUGAAUACCCUGAGAGCUCAGGGCCUGCCAGGAUUAUAGCCAUUGUAUCUGUGAUGGUCAUUCUGAUCUCCAUCGUCAGCUUCUGUCUGGAAACCUUGCCCAUCUUCCGGGAUGAGAAUGAGGACAUGCAUGGUGGCGGGGUAACCUUCCACACCUAUUCCAACAGCACCAUCGGGUACCAGCAGUCCACCUCCUUCACCGACCCUUUCUUCAUUGUAGAGACUCUCUGCAUCAUCUGGUUCUCCUUUGAGUUUCUGGUUAGAUUCUUUGCCUGUCCCAGCAAAGCUGGCUUCUUCACCAACAUAAUGAACAUCAUUGACAUUGUGGCUAUCAUCCCUUACUUUAUCACCCUGGGGACAGAGUUAGCUGAGAAGCCAGAGGACGCCCAGCAAGGCCAGCAGGCCAUGUCACUGGCCAUUCUCCGUGUCAUCCGGUUGGUAAGAGUCUUUAGGAUUUUCAAGUUGUCCAGACACUCCAAAGGCCUGCAGAUUCUAGGUCAGACCCUCAAAGCUAGCAUGAGGGAAUUGGGCCUCCUGAUAUUCUUCCUCUUCAUUGGGGUCAUCCUCUUCUCUAGUGCUGUCUAUUUUGCAGAAGCUGAUGAGAGAGAUUCCCAGUUCCCCAGCAUCCCGGAUGCUUUCUGGUGGGCAGUCGUCUCCAUGACAACUGUAGGCUAUGGAGACAUGGUUCCAACUACCAUUGGGGGAAAGAUAGUGGGUUCUCUGUGUGCAAUUGCAGGUGUGUUAACCAUUGCCUUACCAGUCCCUGUCAUAGUGUCUAAUUUCAACUACUUCUACCACCGGGAGACAGAGGGAGAGGAGCAGGCCCAGUACUUGCAAGUGACAAGCUGUCCAAAGAUCCCAUCCUCCCCUGACCUAAAGAAAAGUAGAAGUGCCUCUACCAUAAGUAAGUCUGAUUACAUGGAGAUACAGGAGGGAGUUAACAACAGCAAUGAGGACUUUAGAGAGGAGAACUUAAAAACAGCCAACUGUACCUUGGCUAACACAAACUAUGUGAAUAUUACCAAAAUGUUAACUGAUGUCUGAUUGAAACCCACUAAUGUACUCACAGCUCAACAGGACUGAUGCAGAUGUUGCAUAAUAGCCUGCAUUGUAGUCAGUGUUCUACAGUGUGCAUCUGGUUCUGCAUGGAAAGCAAUAGUUCGUGCAAGUGACUUUUGAUCUUUUGAUUUUUGAUUUAGAACACAGAAUAUUUAUCAUGGCUUUCAUGAAAUCUUCAUCACCGACUUAAAGGUUUCCAAAGAGGAGAGUCACCCAUGGAGCCAGCACUCUCAGAAAGGCACAAUGCAGCUCCCUCAUACCCACACACAACCUACCAUAUCAACACUAUCCUAUCUUCCUACCUAAACACGAACACACCUGGUAGGUGCAUUCCCUCCACCUCACCCCUACCACUCUAUUUCAGCCCAUUUGCCCCUUCACAGAGGAACAUACCAUCAUGGCUUAGUUCUAAAGUCUGGUGACUACUCAAAGGUCAUUCUCGGUUUUGUGUUGAGAAGAACACACAGUCCUGUGUGUUAGAACUACUUUCUGUGUCACAGGCUGGGGUUUGUGAAUUGCAGUUGCCAACUAGAUGCUCCGGAGGCUUAUGUUUCGUAACGGAAAAAUGCUGCAUUCUGCUUUUUCUCUGCAGUGUUGAUGUGAGGGAAGCCCAGGGGGGUGGGGGAGGGACAGUUAAUAUGACCAAAUAUGAAUUGCCAAGUUUCACAUUUGUUCCCUUAGGCCUAUGGGGAGAAGCCACCUAAUUCAGGGACUUCUCAGCUUCAGAUACCAUUUUACAAGCUUCAGGGUCACAGAAUGUGUUUGAUUUCUUCUUUUACUCUGGAGUUUGCAAGACAUCUGCUUUGCUGGUGGUGUGGCCCAGCUCCACUGACACUGCAGUGGAGUAUACCAGUCAUGCAAUAGAACUGCAUGGGUGUUCACUGCAUGAAUCUCAAUAUUUAAAACACAGGAAAUAACCUAUUUUCCUAGUAGCCGAUACAGUAUUCCUACUUAGAGUAUUAAUAGCCUUGGGAUGGUAUUGAACAGGGGUUUUUCACAUCAAAAGGCAAAAGCCCUCCAUCAGGGUAAAACAAAUAGACUAUUUGGAAUGGGGAAUCAAAACUUCUGGCUGGCCCUCUCAGCCCACCUCUGGUCUUUCAGUGGGAGCACAGACCCUGCCACACCAGGAGAAUAAACAGAAAAGUCAGAGUGUAAACACUCACAUGACUGAACUUUGGGAAUUAAUCUAGUCGUGGACAUGACUACACAGCUUACCAGGGUCCUGAAGACAGGCAGGUCUGUGGGUUCAAUGUAUAUAAAUAUAUAUCAGCUCUCUCUCUCUCUCUCUCUCUCUCUCUCUCUCUCUCUCUCUCUCAUGUGUUCCUCUAGCAAGCUAUAGAAAAAAAUUGCAUUUGAACAUUGUAUAUGCUUAUGCAAUAUCUUGACACAGGGCAAUUUAUGCAUGUGUUUGACUAUGUGCACUAGAAUAUAUAUAUAU